AUGAAGUUUUCACGGCUCGUUGAAUUUCCUGAAGACGUCGACGAUGAAGUUACCGGUCCGUUACCGGAAAUGAUGUUCGCCGAGGGUGAGGAACCCGUCGGUGUUAGGGUUCUUACUUACCAGUCUUCGCGUGCGAUAAACACAAUCCUCAAAGCACUUGACAAUGACGAGAUCCAGCAUCUGCGGAAAACAUCUUUCAGAAAGUUGGUAGAAAUCGCAGAGAAACCCGGGUUUUCUGGUAGAUUUGCUAGAUAUCUUCUCUCAAGGCAACUAAAAGUGGAGAAAAAGCACGAAGCUUGGUUUCGAUUUGCCGGCAAACCAAUUAUAUUUUCGCUUCGAGAGUUUGCCAUUGUUACGGGUCUUCCUUGUGGUGAAUUCCCAAAGAAAUCAAAGUCAAAGAAGAAGAAAAACAUCAAUGAGAAACCCUACUGGCCAGAGAUAUUUGGAAGAGUAGAAGAAAUGAGAGUUUCUAGGGCGGUUAAGAUGCUUAGGAAAAAAACCGUUACCGACAAAGAUAUCCGGAUGAAACUCGCUUGCCUUGCAAUUGUGUCUUCCGUUUUGCUCUCUACUAAUCUCCGCAUGAAGAUGUUGAAGGAAUACGCUGAGAUGCUAGUGGAUAUGGAAGAGUUCUUUGCCUUCCUUUGGGGGAGUCAAGCUUUUGAUAUAUUGAUGACAAGUAUCAAAAAGAGAGAUGAGAUAUCUCUAUCGCAAAAUACAAUUGCCUUGAAAGGGUUUGCGCUGGCGCUCCAACUAGUUAUCGUUGAAGCAGUUCCUGCUCUCACGAAAGUCGUCCAAGAAGCUUGUUCCUCGUCAGAGUCAUACAGCGAUGAUGACGACGCAGAUCGUCAUGCCACUAAGACUAAGAAGAAGACAUUGAGUCCUGGCCAUGCUCAGGAAGUUGAUAGGAAAGCUGAGGCAAUGAUGACGAGCAUCAUUCCACCAGAUCCUGCAAGGCCAGUGAACGAGUCUUUGGUUAAGUGGUCGGACGAUGUUGUAGAUGCCAAAGUUGAGAAUUUGGUGCGCAUUAUUUCGAGGAAUCAAGUUAUUCGUAAGGAAAUGAUUCGAGGUGGGGUGAGUAAAGUGGAUGUAGACAGGAUGCGUGAGAAUGUUAAAGAAGGAGGAAAAAACAACAACAAAGAGAGAAGCAGAAGGACGUACCUGUAG